UUCACUAGUGUUAUCUUUUCUUCUACUUACUCUCCAUCAAUGGCUUCUCUUAUCUCUUUUUCUUCUCUCCCAAAACCAAAAGCCACCAUAAGAAAUUCAAUUUCAGCUCCUCAGACCCAAACAAUAAUUGAAGGGCUUGAAGAGAAAUUCGGAAGAAAAGGCAUAAAAUUCUCAAAACCAAACAAUGUUCCCAUGGUCGAGCUUAAGGUCAGAAAUGGAAGUUCUUUAAAGCUGAGUCUAUCAGACGCUCAUGUUGUUUCAUAUAAGCCAAAGGUAUACUGGAAAGACGAUGGGUUCGAAGAAGUUCUUUACACAGUUGAUGGUGAAAAGAACAAAAGUGGUGGAGUUGGUCUUGUAAUUGUAAACGCAGAAGAUGCUACUUCAAUGAUCUCAGAUUGUAAUUGGAGUGUCAAGGACACUGAUUCAGACGCCAUUGAUGCGCUUCAGAUCGAACUGAGCUGUACGGCAGGGUUUCUUGACUUAACCUAUAUCAUCUCUCUCUACCCAGUAAGCAUGGCUACAGCUCUGGUGGUGAAGAACAAUGGACGCAAGCCGGUUACACUUAAACCGGGGAUUAUGAGUUACUUGAGGUUCAAGAAACGGAGUGGGGCUGGGAUUCAAGGGCUUAAGGGAUGUUCUUAUUGCCCAAACCCUCCUUUAUCAUCGCCUUUUGAGCUCUUGUCUCCUUCUGAGGCCAUGAAAGCAGAAUCUCCAGGAUGGUUUGGGUCAGAAGAAAGGGAAGAGCAGGGGAUUUGGGCAGUAGAAGACUCUGUGAUUACACUUCUUGAGAAAAAGAUGAGUAGAGUCUAUGGUGCUCCUCCUGCUGAAAGAUUGAAGGCUGUCUAUAACACUCCUCCAUCUAAAUAUGAAACCAUCGAUCAGGGAAGAGGAUUGUUCUUUAGGAUGAUAAGGAUAGGAUUCGAGGAUAUGUAUGUGGGAAGUCCAGGAUCAAUGUCGGAGAAAUAUGGGAAGCAACAUUACUUCGUGUGCACCGGUCCCGCAUCCAUGCUUGUUCCCAUUGAUGUUGGAGUCGGCGAGUCCUGGAGAGGAGCAAUGGUUAUUGAGCAUGAUAAUUUGUAAAUUUCAUUUAUCAUAUUAAUACACUCUUUAAAUUUUUUUUCUUUUUUUUUUUGCCUCAAAUUAUACAUACAUAUUUGGUCAUCCUACAACCAACAAAGUGUUCUUAAAG